GCCAGCGGCCUCCGCGUCACCCGCGCCCGCGGUGGCCACAACAUGGCUGCGCCGCCGGGGCUGCUCCUCUGGCUGCUUCUGCUCGGGCCGCACUGGUGGGGCCCCGGGCAGCCGGAAUCCAGCACCAGUCGGCGCUUCUCGGACUUCAAAGUGUGCGCUGACGAAGAGUGCAGCAUGUUAAUGUACCAUGGUGAAGCUCUUGCAGACUUUACAGGCCCUGACUGUCGUUUUGUGAAUUUUAAAAAAGGCGACCAUGUGUAUGUCUACUACAAACUUGCUGGGGAAUUCCCUGAAGUUUGGGCUGGAAGUGUUGGACGAGUCUUUGGAUACUUUCCAAAAGAUUUGAUCAAGGUACUUUACAAAUACACGGCAGAGGAGCUAUACAUUCCAGCGGAUGAGACAGAUUUUGUCUGUUUUGAAGGAGGAAGAGAUGAUUUUCAUAAUUAUAAUGUAGAAGAACUUUUAGGUUCUUUGGAACUGCAGGACUCUGCACCUGAGGAGUCUGAGGAAGUUGAAGAAGUUUCUCAGUAUGGUGUGAAAUCUCCUGAAGGGACUCAGAAGUCUGAACUUGACCCUGUACCUGAGCCUGAGCCAGCCAAAGUGGACUCAGGGGAACGAGAAGGAGUGUUCUUGGAGAGCAUUGAGGAACUGCAGGAACAGUCCUCGGCCCAGGAGAGCCACCCUCACGCCAAUAGUGCGGUGGAUAACGCUCAGGGAGUGCAGUCUCCACUGGACAAUUUUGAAGAAAUGCUGCAUGAUAAAUUAAAAGUGCCAGGAAGUGAAAAGAGAACCAAUAACAGCUCUCCCGUCUCGGUGGAACAGGAGAUGAUAGAUACUUACAACGUCCUGGAAACAGAAACGACUAUUGACUUGAAAACCAAGUUUGGCUCAACCACUGAUGCACUGGUAUCUGACGAUGAGGCAACCAGACUGGUCACUUCUUUAGAAGAUGAUUUGGAUGAAGAACCAGGUGCUGAAUAUUACCCAGUGGAGAAUGAAGAGGAGAAUGCAGACAGCUUUGAUGAGCUACCAUUACUAUCCUUUACUGAUGAAGAAGAUGAGAAUGUUCCCAGGAAGCCUGGAAUGGAGAAAUAUUCACUAGAUGAAAAUCCGAACUUGAGUAAAGAGGAUAAAGUUGAACCCCCUCUGCCUCCUGGCACCCAAAAUGACAAUAAAGAUAUACUGGCAACCUGGGGGGAUACUUUCUUCUCUGUUGUCACAGGAGAUGAAGGAAAACAAGGUGUGGUGGAUUUAGAGAGUUCUAACACAGAGGAAGACAAGAGGGAGGAUGUGUUGGUUUCAGCCAGCCAUCAGCGGAAGCCACAGUCAACACCUGGCUAUAUGGACCCUGAGGAUGAAGACCCCGAACUUGUCAUAACAGGAGAAGAAAAGGUGAUCCAGGAAUCCAGGAGAGGCCUGGCCCACCAUGAAUCCGAAUCAGAAACAUUGAGUGCUUAUCAACCUGAGAGCAGCAAGCUUAACCCUCUGCCAGCUGCUGAAAGGGCCAAGGAAUUUACAUUAAAAGCAGUCUUUGAAAGAAAAGAAAAUGGCCUAGAAGGACCCGUUAUCCAUAUCUCAAAGGAAACAUUCCACAAAGACAAGAACAGAGAUGGCAUAGAGAGUGAAUUGGUACACAGAGCUCUGGGGAGUCCAGUGACAGAGAAUAACAGCAAACAGGAAUCCUUGGGUGCUUCGCCACUCUUAGGAGACAAUCAGCCUGAUGCAUCCAAGGACAGGAUGGAAGUCCCUGGCGCUUCCAUCAGUGGGCCAAAAGUGGGCCAAUGGGAGGGAUUUCAGAAUCAACCUAGAUUCUCCUCUCCAGAGGAAACUGGUCUUCCAAGAGAAAUUCCUACUCUGGGAAGAAAUCUUUUUUGGCAGCAGCAAAAGGCAGCAGAGGGCAGGGAAGACCUUGCAGAUGUGGAACCACCUCAGCCCCAGGCCACACAAGGGACACAGGAGGUGGAUAGCCUGGAAGUGCCCAGUAUCCAAAGUCCAGAAGCAGAGUACGAUUACUCCCUUGAGGGGCUACUGGAGGAUGAAAAUGCUGUAAGCGCACUGCAGUCUAAAGAAAACCACCCUGGGGUUCAUGACAGGUCAGAUAUGAAUUCUCAGGUUUUUGAAAAAGUAAUUUUGGGGAGCCUUAAUCUUGAUACUGAAGAAAAUAAACAAGCAACUAAUAUGAUUUUGGAGAUUGGAAAACAGAGUGUAACCACAUCGGAAGAGGCAGGUGGUGUGGGCCAGGCGUCAGGUAGUGUGGUGGUGGACAAAGAAGAAAGUCAUCUGGCAGAUGUGAGAGCUCAGGGGCCAUCUAAAGUCAACGGCCGUCAUGAGAAGAUGGCAACUCACACUCCAGGCUUCUGGGAAGCCAUUCAGACUAAAGAUCCUAAUGACCGACAAAAAGGCAACCCCAAGGAACUAGUCAACACCUUGGGGCUUAAGAUUCCUGGGGGAGAAGAAAUCUCAGUAUGGGAGCUUGAGGAUCCAGAAGAGCUUGGAGGCUCAGAAAGCCAGGGGCCUGAUUCUCAAGACCUUGGGGAUGACCCACCCCAACAAGCUACACCUCAAAUUCCCGACAUAGUGCUCAAGAGUGUGAAGGAAGAUUUACCCAUCAUAGAUAGCUUCUUCAAGGACCGGAAGUCCCUGUAUCGCUUCCUGAAGUACUUUGAUGUCCACCAGCUGGAGGGCAUGCUGCAAGAAAUGUCAAUAAGGCUGAAAUCAGCACAUCGGAACAGCCUGCCUUACAAUGUGGAAAGAGUCCUAGAUAAAAUCUUCCGUGCCCAUGAGUCACGAAUUCUAAGUGUGGCAGAGAAUAUGCUCGAUACUCGAGAGAAUAAAAAUAGAUAUAUGGGGACACAAGAAAACAGCGUGUUAGAAGAAGCUGCAGUGUUGGAUGACAUACAAGACCUGAUCUAUUUUGUCAGGUACCAAUACUCUGGAGUGAAGACUGCCCCACUGGCCACACCUCCACCUCAGGAGGAAGUUGGUGCUCGACCAGUAGAAGAGUUGCAGCCACCCAUGAAGGACAACUUACCACAGAAAAACACAGAAGAUCUUAGCUUGCAGGCUCCAGGGCAGCCUGGUCUCUCAGACCAACCUGCAACCAACUUGCAGCUUCCUGAGGAGUCUGGUUUCUUGGAUCAACCUGUGACUGGGCACAUGAGUGCCUCAGAGGUGUCACAAAAGCCAAAUACUGAGAAAGACAUAGAUCCAGCUUUCCUUGUAACAGGCUCUCCUGCUGGGUCUGGUGAUGAUGCAGAAAAGCUCCCAGAGACAAGGGCAGAGAACCCAGCAAAUAUCCCACCUCUGAGAAGAGCACUUCGCUCCCUGUAUGUCGCUGCUCUUUAUUUAAGUAAGAAGUUGAUUGCCACAUUGCCUGCUAAUGUUCAGCCUGGCCCUGACUUUUAUGGACUACCAUGGAAGCCUGUGAUUGUUACUGCAGCCUUGGGAAUUCUUUCCUUUGCAAUCUUCUUCUGGAGAACUAUUCUUGUUGUUAAGAGUAGAGUAUAUGCAGUUUCUGAGCAGCAUAUUGCUAUGAAGUUGGAGAAUAUGAAGAAAGACAAUGUAGAACUUACGCAAAAAUUGUCAGAUUAUGAAAAAAAGCUCAAAGAAUUAAAGAAAAAUGGUCAAGAAACCAAGAAACAAAACAUAACUCUCUCUGAUGAAGCUAUCAAAUACAAGGAUAAAAUCAAAGAACUUGAAGAAACUAAUAAAAUUCUGGGUGACAAGGUCAAAAGUCUUCAUCUUAUGUUAGAAUCUCAAAGAGAACAGAGCGCCAAGAAUCAAGGCUUGAUACUGGAAAAACAGAAGUCUCUUGAGAAGUUGAAGGAUGCUAUUUCAAUUAAUGCAUCAGAACUUUCAGAGGUUCAAAUUGCCCUUAAUGAAGCCAAGCUUAGUGAAGAGAAUCUAAAAUCUGAAUGCCAUCGGAUUCAAGAAGAAAAUGCCAGGCUUAAGAAAAAGAAAGAGCAGUUGCAGCAGCAGAUUGAGGAGUGGAGUAAAUCGAAUGCUGAGCUUACUGAACAACUCAAGACAUUGGAGAAAUCCCAGAAAGACUUGGAAGUAGCUCUUACUCACAAAGACAGCAAUAUUAAUGCUUUGACCAAGUGCAUCACACAGGUGAAUCAGUUAGAGUGUGAACUUGAAUCUGAGGGCCAGGAUCAAGGAGGAAAGGAGUCAGAUGAGCUGGCCAAUGGAGAAGUAGGAGGUGAUGGAAGUGAGAAGAUAAAAAAUAGAAUUAAGGAGAUGAUGGACGUCUCUCGGACACAAACUGCAGUCUCAGUAGUUGAAGAGGAUCUAAAAGUUUUACAGCUUAAGCUAAGCACAUCAAUGACCACUAAAUGUAACCUGGAAGAUGAAAUCAAGAAAUUGGAAGAUGACUGCAACUCGCUUCAGACUACUAAAGCUGAGCUGGAAGAUGAGUGUAAAACUCUGAAGCAGAAAGUGGAGAUCCUGAAUGAGCUCUACCAGCAAAAGGAGAUGGCUCUGCAGAAGAAACUGAGUCAAGAGGAGUAUGAGCGGCAAAACAAAGAGCAGCGGCUGUCAGCUGCAGAUGAAAAGGUGGUUUUGGCUGCAGAGGAAGUAAAAACUUACAAGCGGAGAAUUGAAGAAAUGGAAGAAGAAUUACAGAAAACAGAACGAUCAUUUAAAAGCCAGAUCGCUACUCAUGAGAAGAAAGCUCAUGAUAACUGGCUCAAAGCUCGUGCUGCAGAGCGGGCCUUGGCAGAGGAGAAGAGAGAAGCCGCUAACUUGAGGCACAGAUUACUGGAACUGUCCCAAAAGAUGGUAAUGAGUCAAGAUGAACCUGUGAUCAUAAAACCAAUGCCAGGAAGACCGAAUAUACAAAAUCCUCCCCGGAGAGGUCUGAGCCAGAAUGGUUCUUUUGGCCCAUCCCCUGUGAGUGGUGGUGAAUGCUCCCCUCCCCUACCAGCAGAGCUACCUGGGAGACCUCUCUCUGCCACACUCAGUCGAAGAGACAUGCCUAGGAGUGAAUGUGGGUCAUUGGACAGGCAUUUACCUCGCCCUCGGUGGCCAUCAGAGGCAUCUGGGAAACACUCUGCUUCUGACCCAGAUCCAGCACCCAUGAUGAACAGCACCUCCAGGAGCUCCUCUCCAGUGAAGGCCACGGAUGAGAGCAAGGUUAACAUGGCUCCCAAAGGGCCCCCUCCAUUUCCAGGGGCUCCUGUCUUUGGUCCCCCUUUGGGAAGUCCCGUGCCACCACCUAUUCGAUAUGGACCACCUCCUCAGCUAUGUGGGCCUUUUGGGCCUCGGCCAGUUCCUCCACCAUUUGGCAUGUGUCCACCACCAGGCAUAAGAGAGUAUGCACCAGGUGUUCUGCCUGGGAAACGGGACCUGCCUGUUGACCCUCGGGAGUUUUUACUAGGACACACACCAUUUAGACCUCCAGGUUCACUUGGUCCAAGAGAGUACUAUAUUCCUGGUGCCCGUCUACCACCACCAACUCAUGGUCCUCAGGAAUACCCGCUGCCACAACCUGCUGCAAGAGACUUAUUGCCUUCUGGUCCAAGAGAGGAAGCCCCACCUGCCUCUCCAAGCAGUGUCCAAGCCUGUUCACCGACUUCAAAACCCAGCCCCUAACUUUGACUUCCACCACUGUAGUCAGAGAGAAAGAGAAUGGACAGUGCAUUGUUAUUACAGCAAAGAAUUUCAUCACCUUCAAAACCUACAAGUUAUACAGUUUGUUUUUAGUACUAAGCUGCCUUGGCAGUGUGCAUUUUUGAGCCAAACAAAAAAAUAUUAUUCUCCCUUCUAAAAAAAAAAAAAAAAAAAAAUCACCUCUUAAGCUAAUGUCCUUCCAACUUUGAAAUGUGCAAUAAAGAAUACCUGUGUUUAGUUUAUAUAGCGUAUGUAAUUGCUAAAUGAUUUAGAAUAUCCUAAAGAAUGAACAUUUCCUGUGGAAAUGCUUUAAGAACACGUAUUUCCAUGGCCUUGGUCUAGUGUAUGCCAGCUGAUACAGAGCAAGAUUGUCACGGCUCUGUCUGUGUCUCAAGGACUGUUACGCUAAAAAUGUUUACUCAAGGAUCAUAAACUCUCCUUUGUAGUAAUAGUUCAUAAACUUUGUUUAUUAAUA